UCGCUUGUUAGGGAAGCUGUGUUUAGUAAACAUAAAAACGUAAACAAACAAUUUGCAAGUGGAAUUUUUAAGCGUGAUUUUUUUAUUUCUGUUAAAAAUUAAUAAAAUUUCCCCCAAUGGAGGAUUCUAGUAACACCUUAGUGUUGGAUAAUGGCGCCUACACAGCCAAAUUGGGUUUGGCUUCCCAUGAGGAUCCUCAAAUCAAUCUAAACUGCAUAAUGAAGGCCAAAGCUGAACGACGGCGCGCUUUUAUAGGCAAUCAGAUAGAUGAAUGCCGGGAUGCCUCCGGUUUGUUUUAUAUACUUUGUUUCCAAAAGGGUUAUCUACUCAAUUGGGAUGUACAGAAGACAGUAUGGGAUCAUUUAUUUAGUCAAGAGGGUUCGGGCAUUACUUUGGAAGAUCGUAAUAUUUUGGUUACCGAGCCGCAGCUAAACUUUGCCAGCAUCCAAGAGGCCAUGAUAGAAAUUCUAUUUGAGGAAUAUCAUUGUUCGGGAGUACACAAAAGCACCACCGCAGAAUUGGCUGCCUAUAACUAUUGUGCCGAAAGCGAGGAAACUGCCAUGCAAAACUUAAAUUGUAUAGUAGUGGAUGUGGGCUAUAGUUUUACCCAUAUAGUGCCCUUUAUAAGGGGAAAAAGGGUAACUAAAGGCAUUAGACGUGUAGAAGUAGGAGGCAAGGUAUUGACUAAUCAUUUAAAAGAGCUUAUAUCCUAUCGCCAUCUUAAUGUCAUGGAUGAAUCCUAUGUGGUUAAUCAAAUUAAAGAGGAUAUCUGUUAUGUGGCCCAGGACUUUAAUGAGGACAUGAAGGUGCACACUAACAAUAAGAAACGCUCUGAAAUAGUGGUAGACUAUGUUUUACCGGACUUUACCACCGUCAAAAGGGGCUAUAUAAGGAAAAAAGAGCCAACUGAGAAUCCUGUCCAAGAUGAUUCAGAUCAACAAUCCGUUAGACUGUGUAAUGAACGUUUUACCGUCCCAGAAUUGCUGUUCAAUCCCUCCGAUGUUGGCAUACAACAAGUGGGUAUACCAGAAGCUGUUAUAGAUGCCAUCAAAGAUUGUCCAGCCUAUACGCAUCAUGAACUUUUACGCAAUAUAUUGGUUAUAGGAGGUUCUUCCUUAUUUCCCGGUUUUAUUCCACGCUUGAAAAAAGAAAUACGCGCCUUGGCUCCGGAUGAUUUAGAGGUUUCUUUGAUAUUCCCAGAAGAUCCUAUAGGUUAUGGCUGGUAUGGUGGCAAGGAAAUGGCCUGUAGUGAUGGUUUUAAGGAUAUAUUGUUAAGCCGAGAGGAAUACGAGGAAAAUGGUUAUACGGCUUGUAAUGGAAAAUAAAGUGAAAACAAUGACAACAAAAUGGAAUUAUACACGUGUUAUAAAAA